UCUCAAAAAUGAACUCUUCUAAAAAUUCUUCUCCAUGAGUCUAGCUUGGCCCAAUGUUUUUCAUUGUUCGAGCUUCUUCAAUAGAAAGCUUAAACCCUAAUUCAAUUCCCAACUACUCAUAGCUCUCUGUUAAACCCUCAGCAAUGUCACUUUUCCGAAAACUCCCACACAAACCCCAUAAUUCCCUCUCUAUCCUCUCCAUCACCAACCGAUUCUUCAAAACCUUAAACCCUGAGCCAUUUCCUGAUGUACCCACAUCGGCCUAUUACGACGACCUCGUCAUCUCCGCUGGCCGUGACAGAGACUUCGACACGCUCCGCCACCUCCUCAACAAGCGCGUGAAGGACGGUUGCUUCAACACCACCAACACCUUCAAGUUCAUCACCAACAAUGACGUGCCCGCUCUGUCCGUACUGCUCGACGAGCUCACAACAAACACACUCGCUCGCCUCGACAAGGGUUUCGCGCGGAAGAGCGCGUACGAUUCACUCGUCGCGCGUCUUUGCAAGCUGAAUCAGAUCGACGGGGCGCUGCGCGUGAUCGAGACGAUGGCGAGUGGGGAGUACGGUUUGAACGCGUGUACUUUUCACCCCGUUCUCAACGUUCUGACGAAGAAGAAGGAAAUGGAACGCGCGUGGCGCGUGGUGGAGAUGAUGAGAGAGUUUCAGAUCCCGCCAGAUCUGACGGCUUAUAAUUACUUUCUGAUGGCUUAUUGUUUCAACGGCGAUGUGAAUUCGGCGGCUGAUUUGCUGACUAAAAUGGUUCAGGAUGGAGUUAGUGCGGACACGCGCACGUACGACGCGCUGGUUUUGGGCGCGUGUAAGGCGGGAAAGGUUGAAGGGGCUUUGGUGAUACUGAGAAGCAUGGUUGAUGAUGGAGUGCCGAUGCUAUUGUCUACACACAUGUAUGUGAUAAGAGCUCUGUUGGGUAUGGGCUAUAAUGCACAGGCUGUGAAGUUUGUGAGAUGUUUUGCUGGAAAGGACACGUGGCUUGACAAGAAUAACUUUGGGUGUUUGGCUAGCAGGUUCAUCGAGUUGCAGAGGUUUGAUGAGGCUAAGUUGGUGGUGGAGGAAAUGAAGAAAAGGGAUUUGGAGAUGGGUGAAAAAUUGAAGGAUUUUUACCAAAUUAAUUGUAAAGAUCAAAAUUUUAAAAUAAAUAAAUAAUUAAUUUGACUUGUUAGAAGUUAAUCUUAAUAUCUGCUUGGAUA